CUAAUGGACAUUUGCUUUUCAACGGAACGAGAACACAAAACCUAAAACAGCAGUAAUGAAACUUCUUCAAAAUGCUAAUACCUUUCUUCUUGUCUUGGCUGGACUCUCUUUUGCUGGGCUCAUAUAUUUGGGCUACACUUCCUCCUCCAUCAGAUUUAAAGUACAAAGAUUCUGCUUCAAUUUAACAAAGGAGAACCAGGAAAGUGCUCCCUUGCAGUUGCCACAAGGGCUUUCAUACAAUCAGCCCAGCGUAGUGGGCCCAGAUGGCAAAAUUGUACCUGUUACACCAUGGUUGGCCCCAAUUGUUUGGGAAGGAACGUUUGAUCCCACAUUGAUUGAUUCAGUCUACAAACAACAAAACGUCACUAUAGCGACUACAGUCUUCGCUCUUGGAAAAUAUACAGUGUUUCUUAAAGAUUUCCUGGAGUCUGCAGAGCAGAAUUAUUUUGUUGGAUUUCAUGUGCACUAUUAUAUAUUCACCGAUCACCCAGAACAGGUUCCUGAUGUGAAACUGGGUGAAGGACGUCAGUUGACCGUGAUGACAGUUGAUAGUUCUAACAGAUGGCAGGAGAUGACAUUGCGGAGAAUGGAGAGGCUGGAGAAAUUAAUUGAAAGUCGAUUGGUGAAGGAAGCUGACUAUGUUUUCAGCCUUGAUGUGGAUACAAAGUUCUACGGCCGCUGGGGUGCAGAGACUUUGGGUCGUCUUGUAGGUGUGCUUCAUCCUGGUUACUAUCAAACACCACGUGAGCAAUUCCCAUAUGAGCGAAGGCCUGAGUCUCAAGCGUUUAUCCCUUAUUCUGAUGGAGAUUAUUAUUAUGGUGGAGCUGUGCUUGGUGGUUUAGUGAAAGAUGUAUAUGAGGUUGCUAAAACCUGCAGAGAGCAGCUGGACAUUGAUGCAGCUAAAUCCAUUGAGGCAGCAUGGCAGGAGGAGUCCCAUUUGAACAAGUACUUUGUUUAUAACAAACCCAGUAAACUGCUUUCACCUGAGUACCUGUGGCAGGACUUCAAACCGCAGACAAAUGAGGUUAAAAUCAUUCGCUUUUCUCAAGUUAUUAAAAAUUAUGCUGCUGUUCGUCCAAACCCAUAGUUUACUGAAACGUAACAGAUUUUAUGCUUUAUAUUUUAUACUGGUGUAAUUUUAAUAUUUUUGUAGUCUUUAACAAAAACUGUGGCCAAAUAUAUUUCUCAUAAGCUAUACAUCAACAUCUGUAGUGACCAUUUGCUGCUUAUAAAUCAUUUAGGUAAGUGUAUAGUGUUGAUUUAAAACAGUUUUAUGAUUAAAUGGAUUCAAAAACUAUUAUUGUUAUACUGUAACACCUUAUCGAAACUAUUUUUUUUUCCUUCAGUAAACUUAACAUAAGUUGUCUACGAAUUACAAACUCUGAUUAAAACUCAGUUACAGGUACUUGCAUAUGUGAAUUUAAAUUGUUUUACAUACAGUAAAUCAUCAUGAUCUGUUGUUCUUACUGAAUGAAAAUAACAAUUCAAAAAUAUGUUCAAUCUCAACAUUUUAAAAAUAAACUUAUUAUCGGUUUGGGUUUCCUCAUGUAUUGUGACAGUAUGUUAACUGGUGUGAU